AUGCAAGCGUCGCCGGGAUCAGAAGUCGGAGCGGAUUCGGCGUACGGGAGCCUGCAGGCUAUGGACCGAAAACGUAUCGAAGUCGGUCGGGUGAACGCGCGGGCUUUGAUACCCGCUGCUACCGCGGAGACGACUGUCGAGGAAAUCUCGCUCGCGCGCGCACGAUUCGACGGGAUGGCGGGCGAGAAGAAACGAGAUCGGGCGGACGCGUAUGCCUCCCUCCCUGCCUCGAAGUAA